CUGACUCGGACCAACAAGUACCCUUAGGCUCGCGGACAUCAUACGUCGCAACACAUCGCGCCCUGUUAGCUUCAGCUGGGUAUAGUUGAAGCACGCCCUAUCAGACCUGUCACUAGGACUACGAAGUAUCUUCGUCAGAAGCUGACAGAGGAGAAGCUCGUCAUAAUGAACCUGCACGAGGAGCUUGUAUUCGAUCUGUGCCGCUUGCCAACCGAAGUCCUAUGUUAUAUUUUUAUCCACUGUCUUCCCCAAAUCGAAUACACGUCGCCCAACUCAAAAACACCUCCUAUGUUGCUCACCAGAAUAUGCCGACGCUGGAGAGACGUUGCGACAGACAUGCCCUCCUUGUGGUACAGACUGUCCAUGGAUAUCGACCAUGCUGAUAGUAUGAACUGGCGACAGGUAGUCUUCGGCUAUGACUUGUGGCUCAAGCGCACACAAGGACGCCCCCUCUCCUUAGAAAUUAUGUGCAACGAAAAUGACACCACCGACCUACGAAACAUUUUGCAACCUUACAUCUCUCAGAUCUUCUCUCUCAACGUCACAUUUGACAUGGCCGUCGCACCCGAAAUCUUGCUAAAUGACCUCCCGGCACUUCAGGAGCUUGACGUCGCCAUGCGAUUUCAUGAUGCACUGUCAUCUAUUUUGACAUCCAUCUCGCGGCUCUUCACUCUGCGCAGUCUGAAUUUUGGAACGUUGAAUUGCCACAGCAUUAAGUGCCUAUCUCACCUCAACUUGAUAAAUAUCGACCUCUCCACAAUCUUUCCAACCAACAUCAUAAACGUACUCCAAACAUUUCCCACCCUCUGCUCGUUAAAAAUCCAGAUACUCCUCUUCGAAGGCCUGCCAUGCGAACCGUUCACCCACUCCACCAUUCAAUUACUCUCCAUCCAAAUCAUUGUACGCAGCUGAGUCCUUCACCCAGAGCCAUUGGUUCGCUUGUUCAAUGCACUUACGCUUCCCAAUUUGCGCGUGCUUCGUGUCGAAGGUGGAUCCUGGCCUUGUGUUAAAGAUUUAAUUUCGCAUUAUAGGCAUGUCGUCAAGUAGAUAAACAUCUGCCAGAUGCUGUGCCUCCAUGUUUGUCAUGCCCACGCGAGUGUUGUUUUCUUUGUUCGAGUCUUGAAGUCCCCAAUAUCUGGUGUGUGAACAUCAUUGACCUUCUUGUGGACUUUCGCGACAAGAUGUUUGGUGGGCUUUUGAGUUGUUGACCGCUUGGAUUUUGACGUUGUGCAAAGUGGAAAAGCGCUACACUAGUG